CGACACACCCAAAGCAUGGCUACCGCUGCUGGAGCACUGAAUUUCUGAGUUUCUGUGUCGUUCGGGAAUAAUUGUUCUGCCUUAACCCCACCGGCUGUCGUUCAAGCAACGGCUGUCGUUUAAGCUAAUCGCUAAUAACGAGUGGCGCUUCGACAAGGUGUGUCAUUGCUCACCUCCAUGGCAGUCCUCUGGUCAAAGAUCUCUGCUCUACUUCCGGCCGACGAGGACCACUUCCUGCUGCACUUUAAUGACAAAGUGGAGGCCAGCGUUGUGGACAUGCUGAGGCGGUCCAGGCAGCAGCUCUACGCCGACACCAGCUCCACCAGUCGCCUGCUCAAUGCUCAGAUCAUCCUGGACAUCUCCUGGGAGAAGCUCAACACGGGAACUUGGCGUCACGUGGACAAGGAGUGGAGACGGGUGUACUCUUACGGCUGCCUCUUCAAGGUGUGCGGCCUGUGUCGAGAGGAGCCCACAGAGGAGGACCUCCUGCAGGCUAUCCGUACCUGUGACAUGGGUCUCCUCAUGGGUGCGGCCAUCAUGGACGAUAGACUGCAACUUCUGGUCCAAGUUCUUCAGAAGGAAGUCAGCAAAGACACCAAAAAUGAGUAUGGAAGAGAAGACCCAGAGGUCAAGAGAAUUAAGACGACGUGUCCAGAAGUCCCGCUCAUCCGAGAAGAUGUGGCAAUUCCCAGAGUUCAAUGUCCAUCUCUGGAGAGCUUCAAGAACAACUACCUGCUUCCCCUCAAAGCUGUGGUCCUUGAGGGGACCAUUGAACACUGGCCUGCUCUCAAUGAGCACCCCUGGAGUGUAGACUACUUGAGGGCCGUGGCGGGGUGUCGGACCGUACCCGUGGAGGUGGGCUCCAGGUACACGGACGAGGAGUGGUCCCAAAAGCUGAUGACGCUGAGUGAAUUCAUCGACAGAUAUGUUUCAAAAACGAGAGAGACCUCACAGGAGGGGGCGGCGACCAUCUGUGGCUAUCUAGCUCAGCAUCAGCUGUUUGAGCAGAUACCGGAGUUGAAGGACGACAUCCGUCUCCCUGAUUACUGCUGCCUGGGUGAUGGAGACGAAGAUGACGUGACGGUGAAUGCGUGGUUCGGGCCUGCGGGCACCGUGUCUCCCCUCCAUCAGGACCCUCAGCAGAACUUCCUGGCACAGGUGGUUGGACGUAAAUAUAUACGUCUGUACUCCCCAGAAGACUCGGAUAAGCUCUAUCCACAUCCUUCUCAGCUCCUUCACAACACCAGCCAGGUGGACGUGGAGAACCCCGACACGGAACGUUUCCCGGAGUUCUCCAAAGCGCCGUACCUGGAAUGUGUGCUGCAUCCCGGAGACGUGCUCUUCAUCCCGGUCCAGCAUUGGCAUUACGUGCGAUCUCUGGAUCAAAGCUUCUCUGUCAGCUUCUGGUGGUCCUGAAAAAUAUUCAUUCAUUCAUUUUCUACCGCUUUUUCCUCACGAGGGAGGUGCUGGAGCCUAUCCCAGCUGUCUUCAUGCGAGAGGCGGGGUACACCCUGGACUGGUGGCCAGCCAAUCACAGGGCACAUAUAGACAAACAACCAUUCACACUCACAUUCAUACCUAUGGACAAUUUGGAGUCGCUAAUUAACCUAGCAUGUUUUUUGGAAUGUGGGAGGAAACCGGAGUACCCGGAGAAAACCCACACAUGCACAGGGAGAACAUGCAAACUCCACACAGAGAUGGCCGAGGGUGGAAUUGAACCCAGGUCUCCUAGCUGUGUCUGCGCGCUAACCACUCGCCCGCCGUGCAGCCAAGUAAAAAAUAUUAAUUAAUUCAUUUCCUACCACGUUUCCUCACGAGGGUCUUGGGGGGUGCUGGAGCCUAUCCCAGAUGUCUUCGGGCGAGAGGCGGGGUACACCCUGGACUGGUGGCCAGCCAAUCACAGGGCACAUAUAGACAAACAACCAUUCACACUCACAUUCAUACCUAUGGACAAUUUACCUAGCAUGUUUUUGGAAUGUGGGAGGAAACAUGCAAACUCCACACAGAGAUGGCCGAGGGUGGAAUUGAACCCUGGUCUCCUAGCUGUGAGGUCUGCGCGCUAACCACUACUAGACCGCCGUGCCGUGCCGCCCCCUGAAAAAUACAAACUGGGAUAAGUUGCGCUCUUGCCAGUCGUGGAUUGGAAUCAAUCACGGCUCUGAUUGGAAUUGGGAGCGAAGGCGAGGAUAAUUGCGGUGAAUGUCAGGACAAGUGCAAGCGCUGCGGACCUCUGAUCCGUGAACAAUGAUCGCACGCCACUGGAUGAUGAGUUUAAUUGCACUGCUGAUGAUUGCAACAACUAUUGUGUGUGAAGCCAUGAAGGCGGAGUAAGAAAUGGCGUAAAAGAAACAAACAAACCAGCAGUUAAGUGUUCUUUGAAAUCAACUGAAUGGAUUUUGUUUUUUUUGUGUGUGUUCAAUUGUACUCUCAACCUUUUAAUCCCACCAAUAUCCUCAGGUGGGCUAUUUCCAUAAUUCUUGCAAAUGAGGCGAGCGAGCUGCAGGGACCGCAGUGCCGUUCUAAACACGGUUCUGGUUAAAGAGGGUCGUAGCUGAGGAGUAACAAAUGAAGCGUCUCCCAGGGCGCACACACACACACACACACACACACUUUGCGGAUGCUUUCAGUGACUUUUCUGAGACGCGCACAUUGAGACCUCUGGCGAAGCGAGCCGCGGCUAAUUAGAACUUCCACCAGCAGGAAAACCACUGAAGUCCAUUCUGUGUGAUGAGCGCAUUUCAGUGAGCGAGUGGCGGCGUUCGGGGAAAUCAACGUCGAGUGCGAUUGGAUUAAAUGGAAGCGGACAGGACGUUUAACAGCCAUAACAAUCACCACUGGCAGCAUCAAUUAGAUUACACAUGAUAGUUUAGGCAUUGCUGUAAUCCCAUACAUUUGUGUAUUAGCGGCGGCCUGCCACAAAUACAUGUGGACCGCUACAAAUACAGUUGAUUUGACACAGAUAAUUUGUACAGUGUAUACUUUUGAUACUUCAAAAAAAAUAAUAAAAGCAACUAGCAACAAAUCUAGUCAUGUGAUGGUGCAAAUGUGUCAUGACCAAUUAUGCUAAUAUCGACAGUCGUCGUCCCCACCCAACAACCGCCACAAAUACAUCUCUGUUCUAAAUUACUUUGAUUUUUAUGUAAUUAUAUCAACAGCUUUCACCAAACUAGAGGAAUGGAAUAUGAACCAAUUAACAUAAUUAAAAUAUAAUUCAUUCAUUUUCUACCGCUUACCCUCAUGAGGGUCGCGGAGGGUGCUGGAGCCUAUCCCAGCUGUCUUCAGGUGAGAGGCGGGGUACAUCCUGGACUGGUGGACCCAUGCAUGCACGGGGAGAACAUGCUAACUCCACACAAAGAUGGCCGAGGGUGGAAUUGAACCCGGGUCUCCUAUUUGUGAAGCCUUGUGCUAACCAUUUGUACACCGUGCAGUCCCUAAAAGGUUUUAUUUCCUUUUAUUUACAAAUUUGGGUAAAAAGAGUUUUAAAGUCAAUAUAGGGGUGUUAUUUCAUGUCUAGAGGUCUCUAAUAAUGUUUAAAUAUUAAUUUUAUAUUAAUACAUAACGUUUUUACCGUUCAUACUCACGAGGGUGGCGACAAGACGAGCUGUCUUCGGGCGAGAGGCGGGGUACACCCUGGACUGGUGGCCAGCCAAUCACAGGGCACAUAUAGACAAACAACCAUUCACACUCACAUUCAUACCUAUGGACAAUUUGGAGUCGCUAAUUAGCAACUAGCUGUAUUUGGAAUAUGGGAGGAAACCGGAGUACCCGGAAAACAUGCAAACUCCACACAGAGAUGCCUAAGUGUGUAAUCAAACCCAGGUCUCCGAGCUGUGUGGCCUAUGCACUAACCACUCAUCAACCAUGCAGCCCUAAUGUAACAUCAAUUUGCUGCAAAUCCACAUAACUGCUAAUUAAACACACUCAGUAGAUGGGGACGUGUGUCUAAAAUAAAGACACUGCUGCCACCUACAGGACUGGAGGCAAACUAUCAAUAGUCACGUGGGCUACACAGUGCAAAAGUAAAUACAUAAAAUAUGUAAUUGUUCCUGGCUGUUGCUUUGACGCUAAAAUACGUUGGGUUAACCAAGAUAAAAUAAUAUAUUAGUAUAUAUUUACAUACAUAUACACACACACGUUAUAAAUCCUACCUUGCAGUAGUUUUGACUAUCCUGUGUGCAUUGUACAAAUGUAUAUUGGACAAGUUCUUGUACGAACGGUGACUGAUUCCCAACGUUAGCUUCAGUAAGUCCCACAAUUGACUUAAGAUGGCGCAAAUCUGCUUACUCUACUUAUGAAGUGAUCAAUACUCAAUUACCAAACAAGUAAUGUGCAUCACCGCCACCCUCUCCCUUACUACUUCUUGUCCUCUCCUUUUUUUUUUUUGAUUAAUGGUCUCCAUGCUUUUUGGGAGACUCUGGGGUAAAUUAAUUAACAUUCGUCUUGUUUUGUUAUAAUUAAGUGCGCGGCUUUAAAUAUGGAAUAAAGUUCACUUGGAGACGUUGAAGCAGCAACUUGGCUCACCUUGAAAGGCUUUUUUCUUCAGCAGA